GUUUUUUACGUCGUUGAUCAGUUUUAUUCCGGUAUUAUGAAGUCUAGUUACAUUUCGAGUGUCUUAUGUAAUUAAUUAAGAAAAAUAUGUGACCGGAAACUGGAUAAUACGUAUAUGUAGAUGAUCAUAUUUCCUUCUAAUUUAAGUGUAAAUUACGAGGAUUAUUAUACGUUUGCUGUGCAGCUUGGCAUAUAUUUUUUAUUGCAAUUGCCAUUGUGUUUGUUCAGAAGAUCAUUCUUUAAUUCCACAAUAUUAUAACCAUCAUAUCCCAAAUGCACAUCAUUGGAAACCUAUUAUUUACCAACCCAAAUAUCAUUCACCACCUCAUUUCUACGAACACAUGCAAACUGGCAUAAAGGAACCUCUAAAAGAGCUAAAAUUGGAAAGUAAACCUAUUAUGACUAUGACCCAGCCGAAGUUACCGGAGAAAAAAGAGGAAAUUAAACCUGUCAAAGAAGAUGAAAAAUCGGUCGAGAAGUCAUUAAAACAUUUUAUGUCCGAAAAUUUUAAACCAUUUAAGCAAGACAUAAAGGAGAUGAAAGAAAAAACCGAGGAGAAGCCUGAAAAGAAGAGUGAACAAAAUAUUAGUAAAGAUAGUAAGAAUCAUGAUAAAGAAGAUGAAUCGAAAGAAGAUGAGAAGCAUCAUCAUCAACAUCACGAUAAGAACGCGUACUACAAGUUUGAGUAUAGUGUAAACGACAAAAAAACCAAAGACGUGAAGCACCAGAAGGAAGAGCUCCAUGGUGAUAAGAUAGUUGGAGAGUAUUCAUUGCUGGAAGAGGACGGGAACGUAAGAACUGUGAAAUAUACGGCUGAUUGGAAAAAUGGAUUUCGAGCUCAAAUUCAUAAUUCUAAAAAGAUGUAACUUUUUAAAAAAUAACGAGUUUAAUUAAGCGUUUAUAUCAAAUAUGUUUCAUAUUUUUGCAACAAGAUAUAGACGGUUCUGAACCUUAAAAUACUUUAAAAAUAUUGAUAAGAAAAUCGAAAGACUGGAGAUUGAUUUAAAUAUUUUUGAAUGGGAUCAUAAAAUAGUCAAUAGUUUAAGGAAAAUUAAAAAUUCGUAUUUUUCUUUUAAAUGUGUAAUUGAAAUUUUCCUCUUCGUAAGUCCAUACAUACGCACAUUUAUGUUGAUUUUACAUACAUACAGACAUACAGGAAUUUCUUAUUUCUAAAAAUAUUCAACACAACAAAAUGAUAAAAAAAUACAGAAACUGAGUAUGGCUCACUAUUCCAUAUUUAUUUCUAAAAUCGUUUCUUUUUGCAUUAUUGGCACAAUUCCUUGAAAGUUAGUCGACCAUAUUCAGUUUCAUGAUAUACAGAGGGAGUCUAUAUCAACCGACAUUAUUGAGAUAUCCUAAGACGUAUUUCUGUUGAGUAAAAAAAAAUGUUGAUUUUAAUGGUGACUUAAACGUGAACAUUUUUAAUUGAUUUUGUCUUUAGGUCAUCAAAAUAUCGUUCAUUGAAUUAGUAUCCACCCUGUAUUUUUGCCGUAAACUUUUAUACGAAAAUUUGCACUAUAUCGUGAAAAAUUUGAAUUAAAGUCUUAUCUCUAAAUUUUAGUAAUAAAUAAACUUGUACAAAAUAUAACAGAAAUAUACAAAACAAAAUGUACACAAAACAGUGUGUUUUGAAAAAAUGUGCCAUUUUGUAUUCAUGGAAUGUAGAUUUCCAGGGAAUUUUAGAUGCAUUAUUAAAUUUUUUUAAUGAAUAGAUAUUUAUAUUUUGACACCCUGUAUAUAUCCAGUUAUUUCAACUUUUACAUUCUAAAGACUCGAAAACAAUAUAUUUAUUUCAGAUGGCAUAUUUUUGAAAAACACACUGUACAUUAAUACUUAAAAUACCUAAAAUAUAUAUUAUAAACAACUAGGAUAUAUUGAGCAACUUGGCCUUUUAAAUAGAAAUACGCCAAGUUAAAAAAAAAAUAGUGUCAGAUUCUUUAAAAACUGAAUUGUGCGGUGUAAUAUAUCCGUUUUUUUUUGCUGAGAGAAAAUUUUGACAUUUUUAUUUUAUUCGGAUAUUUUUUUUUGUUGUAAAAUACCUAGUUCAUUAAUAAAAUAUGUUAAUUAGAAUCAAUUAUUUUUCCUAAUUUAGAAAUUUUGUCAGAAACGAAAUAUGUUUAAUGUAUUGUAUUUUUAUUUAGACAAUAGAUACCUAUUUAUAGAUACCUACUUAUAGAUACCUAUCUGUAGACAACUAUUUGUACAUACUGUUUGUAUUUUAUAAAAAAAUUAAUAUAUAUAUUUUUUUAAAUCUUUGAUUAUUAUUUAUUUACCCGUACGAAAAAUCUAAAACUGUACCUAAACAUUAACAAAAUUGAGCCGAACGAUAUAUUCAAUAUAAUAUUUCUAAUAAUGUUUAAAAGUCUAGUCAUUUCUUUUCUUUAUAAUUUAUAGAACCUUUCUAUCGAAAUCUAACUAUUCAAUAGAAUUAACACAUUUACCUGAUGAAUCUCCAUUUUUAUAUGAAACCAAAAAAAAUUCUGGAAUAUAAUUUCUUAUAACUGACGAACAUUUAAUAUAACUACUUUUUAUAUGGGGAAAACAAAAUUGUUUUCAUAAGCGGAUUUAUCUACAUAAAAAUACAUACAACAAAGAUUUAUGAAAUUUUGAUUUAAUUUAAUUUAUGGCAUUUAAAAUGAAAUGACAAAACAUCUACAUUUUUCAAAAGUUUGUAAAGAAUAUUUAAUAGAUAAUAAUAUAUUAA